AUGAAGAAGUGUGAAAUUUGUUCGGAGCCUUCGGAUGGUCGUCAUUUUGGUGUAGUUUCUUGUAGGUUAGUGAUAGUUAUUUUCAACUUCACAAUUUUGAAACUGGUAUUAAUUUUCAGAGCAUGCGCGCAGUUUUUCAGAAGAUGUCUUACAUCUGACACUAAUUUCGUCAAACCUUGCGACAUCCAAUGUGAAUUGAAUAUUAAAUGUAGAAGAUUAUGUUCGAUGUGUAGAUUUCAAAAAUGUAAAGCUGUUGGAAUGUGUGAGAAACAUGAAAAACCAAAAAAAGGAAAAAUGUUGAAGCGACUUUCCAAUUUCUACAGACGACUGGAAAAUAGAAAACUCGAGGAAUGGCCCAUAAGAGAAGAAGUAAGAAUUAAUUAUAUUUUGAUGAACGCGACUAUGAAACAGUAUUCGAUAAUUAUUUCAAAAGAACUAGAAAUUGCAUUUCCCGAAAUCAAGCAGAUUACUGAAGAUCAACUUAAAAUAAUACGUGAUAAUUUCAUACUAUCUUUCCUGCUUGUCGAAAUUUCUUUCAAAUCUAAAAUUGCAACGAGAUUGUUAUUGCCAAAUGGUGCUUAUAUUGAUUACCAAAAUUUUGAUUUGUUUUAUGAUAACUUAAUAGCUUCAAAGUCAGUUUUCUAUAAAAGGCUACUAUUUAACUUCAUGAAUCAAUUUUCAGAUUAUAUAAGCCAUAUUGGGAUUUCAGAAUGAAUAAUUUAGUGAAUCCAAUCAUCGAAGCAAAACUUAAUGAGUCAGAGUUUCAAUUUUUGUCCGCAUUGAUUUUCUGGGAUGCAAGUCUGCCGAAUCUAAGUUCUGAAACAGUAAAACUAUGCCAGAAAAAUAGACAAGAAAUAUUUAAAGAACUUUCUGAUUAUACAACAUUCAUGCAUCAAGAUAAAUCCUCAAUUCGAGUUGCAAAGAUUGUUCUCCUUUUAAACGGAAUCAGUGUAUCCGUUGAAACUUUUAAUCAUCAAUUAAUAAUAUCGAAACUACACGGCGUGGAGAUUUAUCAUGAAACAAUGCAUACAUUAAAUGGACUAGAAUUGUAA